CUGUGAUGCUAUGCUGAGGGUUCAUCUUGUGUGUAGUGGGAGCGAUCUAUUAUUCCAAGCUCUGGGAAGUAGUUAAUGUGGUCCAUGCUCAGCCACCCCAAUGCUGCUUUUCUUUUCUUAUCUUUUCCUUUCUCAGCAACAGCAUGUCGGUGGGCUACGGUACCAAACUUACUCGCCGUAUAUAAAGUAUUCACGCUUACUGGGCUCGGUCCAAGGAGCCCGAGCUUUUGUGUUCUCAUACGGGGUGAACGAGGCUCCCGUCGCGAAAGGACUUUCAACAUCAUAAAGCGAUAUUUGAUAGACCUACAAUCUGGGGUCGCGGCUUUUGAAACAAAUCCAGCAACACGAGGAUAAGUAAGCAGGGAGGACAAGCAAAGCAAAAUAAAACGACAAUUUCAAACAAAGACCCGGAAGAGCAU